CGGGGCGGUCGGCCGUGUCCGAGGUCCGGGUCGCGCGUCCCGUUCCCUGUGGGCGGGCGGAAGUAUCUGAGCGACCCUCCGGACACGGUGGGGUCACCGUCGCACCCUUGCGACACCGCGAACUUCCGGGGAAGGUUGCGGUCCGCGUAGGCGAGGCAGGAAGUUCACCCUUCCCGCCUCCUCAGCUCAGAUUGGUUCCGGUGGCGGACGCCAGCGGGCGCGCGGGGUCACAGAGGGCUCCACGGCGGCUUUGGGGGAGCAUCUGCGGAGCCCGGCGUCGGAAUCGAGGCUGUGCCGCGCUCGCCUCGUUUGCUCUCACGUCUCUCCGGGUCUUGGUGGGAAACACUGCUCUGCUCUUAACUGGCAUCUUACUGCUGGAAGAGACAGUAGGGUCUGAUUGGGGCUUCAGUACUGGGUUAUCAAAAGCGUUCAAACACCCCCCGUUUGUAAGACGUGAAUAGGAACGCCCGCCCUUAGUUUGGUGAGGACCUAGUGAGAGCUCACGUAAAAAAAGAGCUCAGAGGAAUUGAAACGUGGCUGGUCCCUGCGGCGGUGCUUUAGUCCUGUUCUGCUGCAGUGUUUGCAGAUUCCAGUGAUCUUGGGAUCACGGUGAUCCGGGAGCCACGUCGACGUUUCUCUCACUGGUCAAAGUGAUCAGCUACUCCUCCCAGCAGUACACGUGUGAAUCUAGCAGAGCCUUCUGACUCCUUGCUCCUGCCCUCUGACUGUAUCCCGUAUCCCUUUCUUUUCUCUAGCCCACUUAGUGCACGUGGGGGCCCCCACGGUGAAAACAUUUCGGCAAGCUUUGGCACGCCCGCGUAGCGCUGUGGAUCCGCUGGCUUCGGCCGUGCGCGCCCAUGUAGGUGAUGACAAUCAAUAGAAGUGCCGUUCUAAUAAUGAUGAUGAUAUCAACUCCUGGGGGUCUUCUGAGGACCGUAUUCAUUAAAGGGCUUAUGCGAUGCCUGGUACAUCAGCGCACUCAAUGAGUUAUAGCUAUAGAAUCAUUAUGAUUAUACAGCUCUCCUCAAGAGUCAGAACCUCGCAGCUCUGAAAGAUCAAGGAGUGGAAAGUUCUUCACCAGCCCUGAGAUCUCAAGAGUGGUAUUUGCGAAACCAGCUACUUUGGCUAAAAUCCUUCUGCAAUCUGCCUUGCUUGUAUCCCAUCUAUGCAAGAUUUCAUCAUGGGCAGUGGCUAUUACAACAUAUUGGCUACCGUGUUGUUGGUCAUGAAUUUUGAGAGGACGAGACCAAUGCAGGAUUCUUGUAGCAAAUGCCCAGCAGGUACUUUCUGUGAGAAAAACAAGGAUCACAUCUGCAUUGCUUGCCCUUCAAAUAGUUUCUCCAGCACCAGUGGACAGAGGGCCUGUGACAUAUGCAGGCAGUGUGAAGGUGUUUUCAGGACCAAGAAAAUGUGUUCCCCCACCAGCAAUGCAGAGUGUGAGUGCAUCUCAGGAUUCCACUGCUUGGGGGAAAGAUGUACCAUGUGUGAGCAGGAUUGUAAACAAGGUCAAGAAUUAACCAAAGAAGGUUGUAAAGACUGCUGCUUUGGGACAUUUAAUGAUCAGAAACAUGGGACCUGUCGACCCUGGACAAACUGUUCGUUGGAUGGCAAGUCUGUACUUGUGAACGGGACGAAGGAACGUGAUGUGCUAUGCGGACCAGCUUCGUCCGACAUCUUUCCACGUACAACCUCUGCCACCAUACCCGCCCCUGCAAGAGAUCCAGGUCCUACCUCCCAGAUCCUCGUCGUCUUCCUUGCGCUGAUGUCAGCUGCCGUGCUGUUCCUGGUGUUCUUUCUGGCACUCCGUUUCUCUAUUGUUAAACACAGCAGAAAGAAACUCCUGUAUUUAUUCAAACGACCGUUUAUGAGACGAGUACAAACCGCCCAAGAGGAAGAUGCCUGUAGUUGCCGAUUUCCAGAAGAAGAAGAAGGAGAGUGUGUUCACACUGUUCUGUGAAGCAGAAAUCCACAGCGCCGCUGGGAGUGUCUUGAGAAGAAUCAGCACAGAAACAUGAGUGAUCCCUCUAUCGUAGCUUUCUAAAUCGAAAAAGACCAUCCUAGAUAAGACUCAGGAUUACCCCCCAAGUUUUCUCAGAAUGCUAACAGGUUGGCCUUUAAAAAAUGUAUCCCUUUUAAGUGGAUGUGUGGGACCGGGGCAUUUUCUAGAUAAUGUUUAAUAGCCUUGAGAUGCUUUCUUUUCUUUUCUUUCUUUCUUUCUUUUUUUU